AUGUCCCAGGGAUGUACAGUUUCUGUGGAAGAAGUCCAGUCUUGGUGGGAAGUCCCCGCCAUCGCCCACUUCUGUUCGCUGUUCAGGGCAGCGUUCAACCUUCCUGACUUUGAAAUAGAGGAAUUGGAGAAAGCGCUUUCAGAGCAGAACUUGAACUUCCUCGGGGACCUUAUUGCUUGUCUGCUGCAGGGAUGUUACCAGCGCACUGACAUUACCCCCCAGGCAUUCAGCAGAUACCUGGAUGACAUCAUCAGCUACAGAUGGGAGCUGGAAGAGGGAAAGCCCAACCCACUUCGGGAGGAGCCCUUUGAAAACCUGCCGCCUCGUACUCAGGUUGAACUACUGCACCGUCUGUGCGAUUACCGUCUGGAUGCUGCUGAUGUCCUUGACCUGCUGAAGGGUCUGGAUUCAGACAGCCUGAGGGUAGAACCUCUUGGGCAAGAUGGGAAUGGAGCCCUCUACUGGUAUUUUUAUGGCACUCGUAUGUACAAAGAAGAACUACACAAGGGAAAAGUGGAUACGAUCAGUGAAAACCCUGAGUUAACAUUACCAGAGAAAAAGAAAAGAGGGAGACCACCAAAAAAGAAAAAAAUGGAGGACUCUCAACUGAGUGAUGCGGAAAGUGAAGAAAAUGCAGAAAAUGGAAUAGAUGAUUUGUCCCCUGUUAAAGGUCAUAAGCUAGGCACCUGGUCACUUGUGUGCGAAACAGAGGAUCAGUGGGUUAAUUUGGCUGAAAGCAUAAAGGAUAAACUUUCUCCACAAGACCGCCAUCUCUACCGUGUUAUCAGCCAGAAUUUUCUGCCUGAGAUACGCAACAUGAUUGAACACAAGGAACGAGAGCAGAAACAGAAACUUGAGGAUCCAACGCCAUUCCGUGCAUCACAAUGGUUCUCUGAAAAACACAUCCAUGAAAAUGAGGAGGACAAUGUGAAUGAUACAGGUGAGUUUGAAAAGAGAAAAGACGAAGAGCUGGACAGGCAGGUCCUGCUGGCCGAGCAGAGGCGAGAAGCAGAAAGGCUUCAGCAGGAAGAACGUCAGCGAGAGAAAAUGGAGAAGAUCAAAGCUGUGGAGGAGCGGGCAAAGCGACGGAAGAUGCGAGAGGAAAAGGCUUAUUUAUUGUCUGAAGGAAAAGACCUCCCACCAGACCUUUAUAAUUUAGAGCCUUCUUCGCCAGUCCUCAGAGCACGGACUACUAAAGAAUUCAUUGACAUGGAAGAAGACUAUACGGGUUUAUACAAAGUGCUGGAGGCUCUAAAGGUUCAUAAAGAUGCUUGGCCCUUCUUGGAACCUGUGGAUGACUCUUAUGCCCCCAAUUACCAUGACAUAAUCCAGACCCCCAUGGACCUGUCUACCAUUGAAAGGAAACUCAAUGAUGGAGAGUAUGUUGCUAAAGAGGAGUUUAUAUCAGACGUGAAACUUAUAUUUCAAAAUUGCAAGGAAUACAACGGCGAAGAUAGUGAAUACACAGUGAUGGCAGAGUCUCUCGAACGGUGUUUUAACCGGGCCCAAUUGAAACACUUGCCGUCAGAGGAUGGCGACACAGAUGAAGAAUUCCACAUCAGCAAAGAAGACAAGGAACGCAAGGAGAAAAAACGCAGUCGUGGCAGUAAACAUUUGGGUCCUGAGAGUUUAAUCAAGGCCACUGAAGAGGUUCAGCGGAAACGAAGUUUGCAAGGAGGCAAAGGACAAAAACCAUUAGAGGACAAAGUGUGCAGGUCAGUUCGACAGCUUCCACCCUCUAAUUGGGGCUUUCCUCUGAGCCAACAACACCGCCAAGAAGGAGACACCAGGGGCAUGUACCACCCAGGACAACAGUUGCAUCGUUAUCCUGGGCCCACUGAUUCUCAAGGGCCGCAAAUGUAUGCACAUAGAAUGGGCAUGGAACAUCAACGCUUUGCCUACCCAGGUCACAUUCCAAGGCUUGGAGACCCCAACAUGAAUCGUUUGCCUCACAACUACAACAUCCAGCAUCACAUGGGCCAUAGAUAUCCAAUGGGCCCUGAUGGUAACCAGCCUCUUCACCAGCAGCAGCACCCAUAUAUGGGCCCAACACACGGCCCAUCUUUAGGGCCCCGACCAAUUGCCCUUCAACUUCGACCUCCUCCUGAAGCAAGCAUAUACCCAUCUCACUAUCAUCCAGAGAGCCAUACGAUGCACCCAAUGGGGAACCGGUUAUCAGGGCCUAACGGACCUCAGAGGCACAAUUACACAGGCUUGAGACCUCCCGCUAUGGGACUGUCUAACAUGUGGACUAAACUGAAUCAUCUGGGUCCAGAAAGACCUAGUGGAAUGCGCAUGCAAGAUGCUAAUAUGGUCAACCAGCACAAUUUGAAUUACGGAGGAGUGCCGCCUCCUGUAGGACAUAAACCAUGGCCGGAAGCUGCUGGAUAUCCGCAUCCUCCAUCCAAUGCUCAAUACCAAAUGCCUGCAGCAGUGGUCAGCUCCUCGGCCCCCGUGCAACAACACCAAUCUGACUCUUCCAUCAGCACAACACGGUCAGCCUCUAUGUUGGAAAGUCCAGAGAUGCUAGCUCUGCAGCAGCUGUCAGCUUCUUUGGGACCUCCUGCUGCUUCCCCCCAUCAGGACAUGCGCCACUUUACACAGUCCAAGCUCCCAUCAAGGGUUGGCAGCAUCCCAACUUGUCCCUCUCAGCAGGCUCCCCUAGCCCCUGAGGUUCAGCUGCUGCGUCCCGCAGCAGACAAUAGGCCAGACAGCCAGUCUUCCCCACAGACAGACAUUCAGCCAAAAGGGGCAUCAGAAGAAAACGUGGCCGAUGCAGACAUUUCCAGUGAAGCUCCUUUAUCAGAUGACACUGUUUCCCUUAACCAAGACCAACCCUCUGUUCCUAAACCUACUGAACACCAGACAUUGCACAGCCCUGAAAGACCUCAAAAAAUGGUGCCAGGACAAAAACUGUCACGGGGUCCCGGAGAGUGCCAUAUACUGGAAGGAGAUGGCCAACUUCAAAAUAAUGGUUCCAAUUCUUUGUCUUUGCAGUUCAGUCCUAGUAAUAACAAUUACAAGAACCCUUAUCCACCUAAUACUGCUCAGCCUGCACAGAGCAGUCCUCUCCAGAGCCCUGAACUUAUCCAGAAGUCCAUGUCGCCAUCCUCGAAUACCACACCUGAUAGCAGCUCUCAACAAAUGCUAAAUGCACAUCAGCAUCAUGAGCGGAAUGUCCAAAAACGGCAUCAGCAACAUCCAACCCAUGAACCUCUAAAUGGGCUGGUGCCAGACCACCACCACCACUCUCCUUCACAUAUGAGCCUAAGUGCAACACAAGUGCAAACUCCUCGUCAAACCGCACAGAGAAGCACUAUUCAUGGCAUGUCACAUGGUGCCUCACAGGGACCCCAACCUGGGCCCCCUCAUCCAGCCCCUCUCACCUCUCUCCCUCCCAGCCACCCUACUCCACACUUACCUUCCCAGCCAAGCCCAGCGGAACAUGGAGAUCAAACACCCUGCGAGCCACCAGGUCGGGUAGACCGUGCAGGUCUGCAGGCAGUUCAACAGGUGCCUUCUAAUACUGCUUAUAUACAUCAGGCUUAUGGUCCAAACAUUAAUCCAACAACAAUGAUGAUAACCAGUAGCCCAAGUGUUCAGACACCCGCUCACAAUACAGCAGUGCCUCCUCAUUCUCAAUCCCAGAUAAAUGGAGUCGUAGCUUCUUACAAUAUAGGAAACUCUCAACAUCCACAGUAUACUCAGACAAACAUGACGAGAGCCAUUUCUCAUUCUGCUCAUCUCCCAUAUCACAACCAGACCCUUCACAAUACCCAAGACCACUCCGGCUAUCACCAGCAACAAAGAACUGCUUAUUCAUAUAGCAUGCCGGGCCCUCAGCACCCACACGCCAAUGCCAACAUGUACCCGCCGUCAUUCCAAGAUGAACACUACUACAAUGGACCACAGGCCCAUAACCUUGCCAACUGUAGAGGGGGUUUUCCUCCAGACGAUUGGCAGCGUUCUCAGCGGUCCAUGCUGCCUACUACCUACCUGCCUGCUUCCAGUGCCAAAGGAAGCAAUCAAGCAAAUGACAUUUGUGUUUCACCGACUGGCUCUGAGGGCUCCACUGGUGUGAGUGUAUUGUCCCCUGAAGGAGGACGUUUGGAGGAGAGGAAAUGGGAAAGCAGAAACAGUGGCAGCCGUAGCCCAGCAACGAGCAGUCACACUAAGACUAACUCAGAACGACCUGAAAGUCCAAAAGAAAUCCUGGAUCUCGAUAGCCACAAUGCUGCCACGUCCCGUCGGAGCAACCAGCCACUCGCCCCUACCGCAUGCAUUCCGCCCACUUUCAUCAAUGACCGACGCACUGUGCAGUCGGGCGGUGCGCCACCAUCCCACAGUGGAGUUGGGAACGGAGCCCUUUACCCGAGACCGCCAUAUUUAGAUCCAGCACCAUUUACUGUGCAGAGACCUCACCCGCACCUGAUGGAAGCCCUUCAGCGCCCCCAGCAGCUGCCCCUCUCGCCCGCUCAGAUGCGCAUGGCCAUGUACCCUCGCUCUGGUGGCCACUUUCAAAGCAUGAUGAUACAGCAAAGAAGCUUACCGUCUGAAAGCUUCCUCCACCCGGGGCAACAGGUGAGGACUGCGCCAGGCAAUUCAAGUACAAAACAAGGAUAA